AUGGCAUCCGACGCUAAAUCCGACUCACCAUCUUCAAUAUCCUCAAAUGCCUCAGCCUCCGCUUCAUCUUCCUCAAGUUCUCAUUCAUGGACGUCUUUCCUCAAGUCAAUUGCGUCUUUUAAUGGUGAUUUGUCUUCAUUAACUGCGCCACCCUUUAUAUUAUCACCAACAUCACUUGUGGAAUAUUCUCAAUAUUGGGCCGAGCAUCCAGAUUUAUUUGUUGCAGCAAAUAAGUUGACUGUUUCUGAGGAUGCAGAAGCAUCAACCGUUGAUGCCAUAAACUUGAAAAGAGCUAUCGCAGUUACUAAGUGGUUUAUUUCUACAUUGAAAUCUCAAUAUUGCUCAAGAAACGAAAGCAUGGGAAGUGAAAAGAAGCCGUUGAAUCCUUUUUUGGGGGAGGUUUUUGUCGGGAAGUGGGAUAAUGAAGAGUUGGGCGAGACGAUCUUGUUGAGUGAGCAAGUUAGCCAUCACCCACCUGUAACUGCAUACGCCAUUAAAAAUGCUAAGAACAAUGUCAUGUUGCAAGGAUAUAAUGGUAUCACAUCCAAGAUUUCUGCUACUUCCAUAAACAUUAAACAAUAUGGACAUGCGCUUUUAGAUUACAAUGAUUUGAAAGAAAGCUACUUGAUCACUUUGCCUCCUUUACAUAUUGAAGGAUUAAUUACUGCUGCUCCUUUUGUUGAGUUGGAGGGAACCUCAUAUAUACAAGCUUCCAAUGGUUACUUCACAGUUAUAGAAUACAGUGGAAGAGGUUGGGUUUCAGGAAAGAAGAACACCUUUAAGGCAAGAAUAUACCGCGACGCUUUUUCUAGCUCAUCAAAGGAAAAUGCUUUGGUUACAAUACAAGGGCAAUGGUCAGGAAAGUCGUAUAUCGACAAGGGAUCAGCAACUCCUACCUCCAAGACUGGUGAGUUGUUUUAUGAUGCUAAUGCAUUGAAAGCUGUGCCUUUGAGCGUUAAGCCCAUUGAAGAACAAAAAGACUUUGAAUCUAGAAGAGCAUGGGAAAAGGUUGCCGAAGCAAUUAGAAAGCUGGAUUACAAUUUGAUUGCUGAAGAAAAGUCCAAGAUUGAAAAUGAGCAAAGAGAGUUAAGAAAGAAGGAAAAGGAAACCGGAUCCAAAUGGCAAACUAGAUGGUUUGAUGUAGUUGAUUACAACAACCGAUCAGAGGACACCAACUUGACUCCACCUGAUGAUUUCAUUAAUUUAACCAAUCAAGCUAAUUUGUCAAUCCACAAUGUACCUCUGGGCUCAUUGAAAAAAUCGAAAUACGAUCACGGGGAUGCAAAGCAUUGGAGAUUUGUUCCCGCAAAAUUUGAAAGGGAUGACAUAAAGAUCUAG